ACAGCCAAUGACGUCACAAGAAAAUAGCGGAAUCACGAGGAAACAACUCAUAUUUUGAUAAAAAGAAUCACAUUUAUUAAACAGAGUUUGUAUCUCUACAGCAGUCAAAAUAGGUGCAAAUCAGUCGAACGUGAUGGAGAAACAUCUAUUUAAUCUUAAGUUCUCUGCGAAACAACUAGAGCGAGAAGCCAAAAAAUGCGAGAAAAGCGAAAAAGAAGAAAAGAACAAAUUAAAGAAGGCGAUUCAGAAAGGAAACAUGGAAGGAGCUAAAAUAUAUGCGGAAAAUGCUAUCAGGCAGAAAAAUCAAAGUUUACUGUUCCGCCGAAUGAGCGCAAGGGUGGAUGCUGUUUCUCAAAGAGUCCAAACAGCCGUUACAACUCAACAGGUCACCAAAUCGAUGGCCGGAGUAGUAAAAGGAAUGGAGGCCGCAAUGAAAUCUAUGAACCUCCAAAAAAUAUCAGAGAUUAUGGACAGAUUUGAAACACAAUUUGAAAAUUUAGAUGUCCAGGCUGGAGUUAUGGAAAACACUAUGGCAGCCACUUCAACUUUAACAACUCCCCAAAAUCAAGUAGAUAGCUUAAUGCAAGAAGUGGCAGAUGAAGCUGGAUUGGAACUGAACAUGGAUCUACCUUCGGCUGCGUCAAAUACAGUAGGACAGUCUACAGCUGCAUCAGCUGAACAAGAUGAUCUGACCAGCAGACUAGCAAGACUACGACAACAAUGA